AUGGCUCUUUCGCCCUAUACCCCGCCCCUUGGCCCUAUACCCCGCCCCCUUGGCCCUAUACCCCGCUCCUUGGCCCUAUACCCCGCCCCUUGGCCCUAUACCCCGCCCCCUUGGCCCUAUACCCCGCCCCCUUGGCCCUAUACCCCGCCCCCUUGGCCCUAUACCCCGCCCCUUGGCUAUCUACCCCGCCCGCUUGGUCCUAUAUCCCGCCUCUUGGCCCUAUACCAGGCCCCCUUGGCUAUCUACCCCGCCCCCUUGGCCACACGCCCUGGCGAUCAAGCCAUCACACCGCCCGCCGCCCAUUGA